CUUGGCGCGUGAUUGACAGCAGCGCCACCCAAUCAAAUCGCCGAUCUCUGACGGUUUAACCAAUCACACACAGCAGUAGGCGGGGUUUAAUCCCGGUCCCGGAGAAGAACCCGGAAGAGGAAUAUGGGGUUCGCACAGAGGGGACCAAUCAGGAGGCGGCGCGGGAAGGGGAGAGCCAAUGAGGAGCGAGGGGAAGGGCGGGGCUUGUCCGCCAUGAACGGGGCGAGCGAGGGCGAUGGCGGCGGCUACAAACGGCGCUGCCGGGCCCUGAAACGGCGCCUGAAGCUGCUGCUCUACGAGCAAGAAUGUUUCCAGGAGGAGCUGAGGAGGGCCCAGCGCAAACUCCUGAAAGUCUCCAGGGACAAAAGUUUCCUUUUGGACCGGCUCCUCCAGUACGAAAACGUCGACGAUGAUUCCUCAGACUCGGAGGCGACGGCGUCGUCCGACAACAGCGACGGCGACGGCGCCAAAGGGGCGGAGCCAACGCCCGCCAAGAGGCGCCGCUCUCCGACCCCGCCCCCCUCGAACUUUGGCCCCUCCUCCUAUUUGAUGGCGUCGCCGCCGUACGGGUCCUUUCCCCUCCCCCCGCAGGGCGGGGCCCGGCCACGCCCCGUCCCCGCCCGGCGCAGCAAAGGGACGCGCAGAGGCCAGCCCCCUCCGGCCCCUCCCCCUCUGCCCCUCCCUGGGGGCGAGGCGGGGGCGGGGCUGGGCGGGGGGCGUGGCCCCGGCUCGCCCCUCCCCCCGGCGCUGGCCCCGCCCCCGGCCCCGCCCCCCGUGCCCCCCACGCUGCCCCGGCGGCUCCUGAGCGGCCCCGGGGGCGGGGAGGGGGAGGGGGAGGGCAGCGACGACCCCCUGGACGGGGACGACGAGCUGGUCAUCGACCUGCCCGAGUGACCCCGAGUGACCCCGAGUGACCCCGAGUGACCAGUGACCUCUGAGUGACCCCUGAGUGACCAUCGGCCUCCCUGAGUGACCACUGACCUUCCCUGGACGGGGAUGACGAGCUGGUCAUCGACCUGCCCGAGUGACCCCGAGUGACCCCGAGUGACCCCGAGUGACCACUGACCGCUGAGUGACCCCUGAGUGACCACUGAGUGACCAGUGACCGCUGAGUGACCCCUGAGUGACCACUGAGUGACUACCGACCUCCCUGAGUGACCAUCGACCUCCCUGAGUGACCCCUGAGUGACCACCGACCUUCCCUGGACGGGGACGACGAGCUGGUCAUCGACCUGCCCGAGUGACCCCGAGUGACCCCGAGUGACCAGUGACCUCCCUGAGUGACCACCGACCUCCCUGAGUGAACAUCGACCUGCCCGAGUGACCCCUGACCACUGAGUGACCGCUGAGUGACCAUCGGCCUUCCUGAGUGACCAUCGACCUCCCUGAGUGACCACCGAGUGACCACCGACCUUCCCUGGACGGGGACGACGAGCUGGUCAUCGACCUGCCCGAGUGACCCCGAGUGACCCCGAGUGACCCCUGAGUGACCACCAAGUGACCAUCGGCCUCCCUGAGUGACCAUCGGCCUCCCUGAGUGACCCCUGAGUGACCACCGACCUCCCUGAGUGACCCCAGAGUGACCCCUGAGUGACCGCUGAGUGACCCCUGAGUGACCAUCGGCCUUCCUGAGUGACCAAUGGGAGUUUUUGGGUGUAAAAAUGUCAAUGUUGGGGUUAAAAUUGUUUGGGUUUUUUUUAAUUGGGAUUUUUGGACGUAAAAAUGUCAAUUUUGAGGUUAAAAAUGGGGAAAUUUGGGUCAAAUGUGGAUUUUUAAUGUAAAAAUGUCAAUUUUGGGGUUAAAAUUGGAUAAUUAUGGUUUCAAAUGGGAAUUUUUGGAUUUAAAAAUGUCAAUUUUGGGAGGAAAAUGGGAAAUUUUGGUGUGAAAUGUGAAUUUCUGGAUGUAAAAAUGUCAAUUUUGGGGUUAAAAAGGGGUUUUUUUUGGUUAAAUGGGAUUUUUGGAUGUAAAAAUGUGAAUUUUGGGGUUAAAAUUGGGGAUUUUGGGUUAAAUGGAAUUUUUGGAUGUAAAAAUGUCCAUUUUGGAUAUGAAAUGAGGAAUUUUGGUGUUAAAUGAAUUUUUGAAUGCAAAAAUCUCAAUUUUGGGGUUAAAAUGGGGGGUUUUGGGUUAAAUGGAAUUUUUGGAUGUAAAAAUGUCAAUUUUGGGGUGUAAUAUGGAAGUUUUGCGUCAAAUGUGAAUUUUUGGAUGUAAAAAUGUUAAUUUUGGGGUUAAAAUGGGCGGUUUGGGGUUGAAUGUGAAGUUUUGGAUGCAAAAAAUGUGAAUUUUUGGAUGCUGAGGGGAAAACCCUUCGAAUUUGAUGUAAAAAAAGUCGAAUUUUAUUAAAAACGUUCAAUUCUCACCCAAA